GAUAACUAGAGUGUCUAUUCAAUAAUGGAUAUUGAAAAACAAUUUAUGUUUAUUUGUUCGUAGCCCAAGAUAAAAAAGAUUCCUGGUUCCGCCCUUGCUGGCAGUCAUGACCUUUCCUUUGAGAGUCUCAAGUUUGCAUCUCUUUCCUUAAGAAUUUUUUUUUAAAUAAUCAAGUUUCACUGCUGUAUAUCAUAGUAAUGAUUUUCAAACAUGAUGAAACUUGCAGGAAAUAAUGACUGCAGCAGUGGACAAUCCAUCAAAUGCUUGUGAAUGGGCAUUCGCAGAGAUGCUAAACCAACCUGAGAUACUUGAAAAGGCUACUCAAGAACUGGAUAGAGUGGUCGGAAAGGAGAGACUUGUCCAAGAAUCAGACUUUGCGCAUCUCAAUUACGUUAAGGCAUGUGCUAGAGAAGCAUUCAGGCUUCACCCUGUUGCACCAUUGAACCUUCCUCAUGUGUCGGCCGCCGAUACAACAGUUGCCAACUACUUCAUCCCGAAAGGUUCCUAUGUUCUGCUUAGCCGUCUAGGACUGGGCAGAAACCCCAAAGUAUGGGAUGAGCCGCUCAAGUUCAAGCCGGAGCGCCACCUGAAUGAAAUGGAGAAGGUGGUGCUGACUGAGAAUAAUCUGCGAUUUAUUUCGUUUUCCACAGGAAAACGUGGGUGCAUUGGUGUGACACUAGGGACUUCAAUGACUACCAUGCUAUUUGCUAGACUUCUUCAAGCGUUUACUUGGAGUUUACCACCUCGUCAAUCCAGCAUCGACCUUACCAUUGCAGAAGACAGCAUGGCUCUUGCAAAACCUCUGUGUGCACUUGCAAAACCACGCUUGCCUCCACAAGUGUAUCCCGGAUACUGAAGCGAGUACAAGGACUGUGUAUGCCGCAAAAUAUUAUCAAUAGAGGUUGUGCCAGAACAUUAGCAGUUAAUGUGAUAAACUCCGGUAACUUUUA